AUGGAGAACAAUGUAAUGGCGAUGAGCCGUUACAGGGAGGUUCAGGAUAUAUCAUCAUUAAUUAUUCUUAAACCACAUGGUGAGUUGUUAACAAAACACGAUAGACAAAAUAUUGGUAUAAGACAAUUCGAGGCUAUUGAGACAUGGUGUCGAGGUGAAAAAGUCAUUUAUGAAACACAGAAACCAGAAGAAUUUGUUUGGGAAACUGUGAGGUGCGAUGGAUGUACAAUGUUGUAG